AUGCCUCGCAAGAGGUUAAAACCACCGCCAGAGUUUUUUAAAAGUCCAACACCUACAAGUCAAUCAUCAGCAAAAGAAGAAGAGCGAGAAAGUCGUACAAAUCCUAGACAAGACUUUGUUUGUCAUUUAUGCAACACUAAUGCAUCAGUUCUGGGCUUCAAAUGUAAAGCAUUUGUGGAAUAUUUCCAUUUAAAAUGUGUUCAUGUCAACGAUCACGAUGAAACAAAUUUAACUGUGAAUGCUGCCUUGUUGAAACAAGAACUAUAUUGUAAUAGUUGUAAGCCGAAUUAUACUAAUAAGUUAUUAGUCUCCAGUGUUGAAUAUAGUCAGACAAGUAGUCCAGCUAAUGAACAAUGGAAGAUGAUUGAAAAUUUUAUGACUAAUAUUGAGAAAAGGCUGAAUGACUUAGAAAAGAGUCGGUCUCUAGCACCAAUACUGUCAGUACAACCAACAGCGAUAAUCUCUUCUUCAAUGCCACCAACCUAUGCUCAACAAGUAAUAACCAAUACGAAGCUGAAUCCUUCGAAUCAUCAGGAUAUAAACUAUUCACAACAAAUAGUCAUUCCACCACGACCUAUUGUGACAUCUCAAGGGACAACAAAUCUACAGUUAAAUCGAAAUACAGUUCUGUCAACCAAACAUACUGAUUUUUCGAGAUUAUUGAUAAUAUAUCCGAAAGUUGUAACGAACGUCAAGUGGGAUACGAAAACUAUAACGGAAAAUUUUCGAUCUGCCACUGAAAAUCUACAGAUAAAAUUUGUUCCUCAAUAUGCUUAUCUUCAUCCACGUGGGGGCUUUGUAAUACAGUUUACUACGAGAGAAAUUCAGCAGCGGAUGCUGAAAAGCUUUAAAAAAGGACAAUAG